ACUGUUAUCGGUCAAUAAAUGGCUGGUUGCUGAAAAGAUAGCUCUUUUUUCCCGUCUAAUUGUGCAUUUAACCCUCGCGUCAUGCAGGUAAGCUUCAUCGAGUAUGAAGGUCCAAUGCUGUUGCAUAGCGACAUUGACGAUACAACCUUCCUGUCCAAUGUUAUGCACUACCUCGUAUUAAGUCUUGGCAGGAGCCGACGACUUGCUAAUAGAGGCUUCUCGAGUAAGUUUAUAUAAUGCACCCCUGAUGCCAUUGAUACUGCAAUAGAUAUUAUAAUCCAACAAAAAAAAAGGUAUAAUGGCUAAGAUGUACGGAGUUGUUACCUGGGCCAUCCUCACCGUUACCGCCGUCACAGCGUGUGACCUACCUGGUGGAACACUAUCAAACAACAUAACCGAGAGCUUCUCGCUCCAGGUACAGAAUGCUUCAUUCCCAGAUAUCCAUAAUCAUUACCUGAACAUAUGGGAUUGGGGCGGCGGCGACCAGCAUCUCUUCGUUAGCCCUGCAGGAAACUCUACGAGUGAGCUCACGCUCGUCGACGGAGUGAUCACUUUACCUUGGGAUCCACCGCGUCGCGCAGUUAUCAAUGGAGAGUAUGAGGUGAAAGAUAAUACGACUAAGAUGUUCAUGACUGAACGAGGCGAUCCACGCGCCAUCUUUGACGUGGUAUAUGGAUGUAAUCCCGAUACGGACGCCGUGCAAGUACAACUAGCUUUCAAGUCCCGGGGGGAUGAAGAGAUUGGAGGAAACAUCGGCGUUCGUCCAUUCAAUGGGGAUUAUGACUUUCGCUGGACGCCUGCGGGAAACACUGCUUAUGAUCCUGAUCGGCCAUGGACGAAAGUAACCUUGGUAGUGGUUCAUCCUUGAGAUAUUCCGAGAUGAACCUGGAUAGGCGAUUAGACUAAUGGAAGAGAAGCGUUAUGCGUCUCCUUGAAAUGAUAUAACAUGGUUCAUAUUAACAGUCUUCAUAUCUCAUGAAAAUGCUAAACCCGACGUAUUGGUAUUUACCG